AUGGCGCGUAUCUCAGUGCCCACGACGGCGUCCCUGCCAUCAUCAUUACGCGUCGACCCUAAACUCCCUGCAGUUUAUAAGAUUCUCAAGCGCCUGUCGCGUUCAUCUCUGCUCUCAGUUGCACUUGACUGGCUAGACGAAAACAAUCUGCCUCUGGCACAACCCUAUCUCCGGCAAAGAAAUUAUGGCGACGGCGAGGAUGAUGAUGAUGAUGAUGAUGACGACGAGGAAGAAGCCGACGACUUCUACCCGCCGGCGCGAUCCCCCGAAGCGCUCAGGGAAGUCUACACCGACCUGCAAACGCGCAAGGGAUCCAAGCGAGAAGUCCUCGACCGCAUUCUCGAAGGCGACUGGCGGCAUGGAUUGAGCCUCUACCAACUUGCCAUGGCCGACCUGCAGUACCUGUACGACCACCCAACCUCACAGAAAUGGUCCGCCUACCGCAUCGCGCCACUCAAACCUCCCGCCACCGGCGAUCCGGAGGACGACGAGGAAGCGGCCCCGCAGCCCGAGGUGGACAAGGAGUCGCUCACCAUCCCGCGCUUCCACCCUUCAACCUUCCUCCGGGCCCUGCAAGCCCAGGUCCUGCCCGACGUCAAAGCUCACUACACCUUUGACGCGCACCGGAGUUUGCCGCUGCUCCUCCUGCGCAUCUUCAUCGUCGAUUCACCCUACAACACCGCUCUGGGCCUCUCCUCCUCCUCUUAUCAACCCGGCACCACAGGAACAACAACAACCACCAGCUUUGACUCCGCCCGAACGGUGUACCUCGCCUUCCCCGACGCCUCGCCCUACGUGUACAUCUCCAAGCCCCAGCAGAGCAUCCUCACCAGUACCACCAGCACCAACCCCACUGGCCAGCAAAGCGCAGGAGGAGGCGGAGGUGUGGGUGUGGGUGUGGGUGGGGGCGAAGCAAAGUCCCUCCGGAACCUGAUCGUCGAGGGUGUGCCCAAGGCGCUGUCCAACCCGCGCCAGCGCCAGCGGUACACGCUGCUGGGCACCAACCUCGCGACGCGGAAUCUGGCUGAGCUGGUUGCGCGAAGGGGAGCCGGGAGGACGAAUGCUGCCGGGGGUGGGUGGGGGUGGUAUGCUGAUGAAGGGGGCGGCAAAAAUAAAGUUCGGGAGUCGCCUCUCGACUUGGUUAUUCUCCCGAAGCUGUUUUCCCCGGCUGCUGCUGAAUCAUCAUCCGAUCGGGAGGAGCAGGAGGAGGCGAAAGAAGUAGAAGUAGAAGAGGGUGGGCAUGCUGGGAAGGUUGGGAAAGGGGUCGGAACUGGAACGGGAAUGGGGAAGAGGGGAGGGGCUCUGCUGGCCGGGAUAGAAAGGAAGGAAGACAGGGCUGCUAAGCGGGCUAGAAUGCUCGCGACGGCACGGUUUGGGGAUUCUGCGCGGGUUGGGGACGGGUUGGGCGUUGAGAGGGUCGAUGUUGUCAUUGAGGACCCGUUCCCCGAGGUGAAGGGGUUAGGGGAAGACGGGGAAGAUGUUGAACAGACAAGUGGUGAUCUCAGGGCUGGUGCUACGGGUGGUGGUAAGAGAAACCAUGUGGAGGUGAAUCUGCGGAGGGCGGUAGGGGAGGACGAGGGCGACGAGGAGCAAGGGCAGUUGUGGCGGCCGUAUGUCAGGCUGACGUUCCACGGACCCCACGUCUUCGGGGGAAUCAGGCAGCUUGUGGAGUGUGACAUUAUUGAUGGCGAGCGGAUGCCCGGGUGGAUGACCGGGGAGGAAGGCGUGACAAUAGGCGCCGUCAGCAACGGGAGGAUACGGGGGCAUAAUGGGUCUGGAGUGUAA